AUGUCAUCUUUCUGGCCGCAGUUUGAAGACUUUUCACCUCAGUCCCCUGGUGUUCGGGCGUCAGUGAUGCUUCGCUGGCUGAUUGCGACGGCCCCAGUGGUUGCUUUAGCAUCGACGCCCUGUGUGAAGGAUGCCGUGCUGACACAGGACCCAAUGCUCCCAGCCCCAGCGAUUUAUGUCCAGAGCUGGACUGCUUGCCAGAAGAAGUGUGAGGAGGGUCCCUUGUGCCACAGCUUCAGCUUCAAGGGGGAUUCGGUCCGCGCUUGUUGGCUCUUCCCGGCCACUGCGUCGCUGAAGGAAGUGGCCGAUGUCAAGGCCUACAGCGGCCCCAAAGUCUGCGAAGCGGCAGUGGUGAAGGAAGCACCUGAUGCUGUGCCACCGGCUUCAGGAGCCGCAAGUAGCGGCAAGGCCGGUUUGCGUGGCUAUGGCAUUCCUGCAGCUGCGGCGCAUAGCUAUGGCGUGGCCAAUGCAGGGCAUGACGUGCCAGGUGCGGUCUUUCAGAGUGGAGAAGGGGGCAAAACCUUGGUUGCCACCCCAUCCAACAGCAGCGCCACCAACUUGGCAAUUGCUGGUGGUGUGGGGGCGGCAGUUGUGGCCGCGGGUGCCUUCUUCAUGCUGCCCGGCAAGAAGAAGAAGACCAAGCGUGGCCUGAAGCGUGAGGAGGAGGAUCAGGUAGAGGUCCCUACCGUUGCAUCCAGUGCGCCAUUGGUGGAGCCUCCUCAGUUGGUGUAUCCUGGCACUUCCCAGGCCAUCCCCGGGGCUUCCGUGGCAAUGGCCUAUGCGCCGCAGAUGCUUCAGCCCCUUCAGCCCAUGGCCAUGGCCCAAUCCUAUGCUGGACUGCCGCAGGGAGGAGAGUACAUGAUGUACGAACCCGUGACGGCCAUGCAGCAACAGUAUGUCUAUGACCAAGGGCAGAUGAUGGCGUACCAGCCGGUACAAGCACAGUGA